CGGCGCGGGGCGGUGUCGCUUUACGGCAGAGCUGUGGGAUAGGCCGCGGGAUCCGCCGGGAUGAAGCAGAAAAGGAAAAAUGGGAAAGGGGAGCUCAGCCAGGCCGAGCUGAUGGUGAUGACCAUUGCUGACAUCAUAAAGCAGCUCCUCGAGGCUCACGAGCAAGGGAAAGAUGUGGAUCUCAACAAGCUGAAGACCAAAACCUCAGCCAAGUACGGGCUGCCAGCGCAGCCCCGGCUCGUCGACAUCAUCGCGGCUGUCCCGCCCCAGUUCCGGAAGGUUCUGCUCCCAAAGCUCAAGGCCAAGCCCAUCAGGACGGCCAGUGGGAUCGCUGUGGUGGCUGUGAUGUGCAAACCCCACCGGUGUCCCCACAUCAACUUCACGGGCAACAUCUGUGUGUACUGCCCAGGGGGCCCUGACUCUGACUUCGAAUAUUCCACCCAGUCCUACACUGGAUAUGAGCCAACAUCCAUGAGGGCCAUCCGGGCUCGGUACGAUCCCUAUCUCCAGACAAGGCACAGAGUGGAGCAGCUGAAGCAGCUGGGCCACAGCGUGGAUAAAGUGGAGUUUAUCGUGAUGGGUGGAACAUUCAUGGCUCUGCCUGAAGAUUACAGAGAUUAUUUCAUCAGGAACCUGCACGAUGCCCUGUCGGGCCACACUUCCAACAACGUGGCAGAGGCCGUCAGGUACUCGGAGAGGAGCCUGACCAAGUGCGUGGGGAUCACCAUCGAGACGAGGCCGGAUUACUGCCUGAAGCAGCACCUCAGCUCCAUGUUAUCCUACGGCUGCACCCGCCUGGAGAUCGGCGUCCAGAGCGUCUACGAGGACGUGGCCAGGGACACCAACAGGGGUCACACCGUGAAGGCCGUGUGCGAGUCCUUCCACCUGGCCAAGGAUGCCGGCUUUAAGGUGGUGGCCCACAUGAUGCCAGACCUGCCGAACAUGGGGCUGGAGAGGGACAUGGACCAGUUUUUUGAAUUUUUCGAGAACCCCGCGUUCCGCCCCGACGGGAUGAAGCUCUACCCCACGCUGGUGAUCCGCGGCACCGGGCUCUACGAGCUCUGGAAAACUGGGAGAUACAAGAGUUACUCCCCCAGCACCCUGGUGGAUCUGGUGGCCAGGAUCCUGGCCCUGGUGCCGCCGUGGACACGCGUGUACCGCGUCCAGAGGGAUAUUCCGAUGCCGCUGGUCAGCUCCGGAGUGGAGCACGGGAAUCUGCGGGAGCUCGCCCUGGCCAGGAUGAAGGAUCUUGGGACACAGUGCCGUGACGUGAGGACGAGGGAGGUCGGAAUUCAGGAAAUCCACCACAGAGUGAGGCCGUACCAGGUGGAGUUAAUCCGGAGGGAUUACGUGGCCAACGGGGGCUGGGAGACCUUCCUGUCCUACGAGGAUCCCGAGCAGGACAUCCUGGUGGGGCUCCUGCGCCUGCGGAAGUGCUCCCCGGAAUCUUUCCGCCCGGAGCUCAAGGGCGGCGUCUCCAUCGUCCGGGAAUUGCACGUCUACGGCAGCGUGGUGCCGGUCAGCAGCCGGGAUCCCUCCAAAUUCCAGCACCAGGGAUUUGGAAUGUUGCUGAUGGAGGAGGCGGAAAGAAUCGCCCGGGAGGAGCACGGGGCACGGAAAAUCGCUGUCAUUUCAGGUGUCGGCACCCGGAAUUACUACCGCAAGAUCGGCUACGAGCUGGAAGGGCCCUACAUGGUUGAAAAGGCUGGAAUGAUGCUCCCGGAGAUCCUCGCCCCACCCGCGGCCGGGAAGAACAGGAAGGAGACGGCGCUUCUCCCAGGAGUGAUGCUUAUCCUGGGAAUGAAGCCCAGGGACUGCCAAGGACUCGCUUCUGCCAUGAGUUGGAUUUGGUGAUCCCGGUGGUCCCUCCCAAUUCCAGGGUUUUAUGAACUAGGGCAUCCAUCUCCUCUGGGGUCAUCCCGUUCCCCCUGGAGAGCUUGGGGAUGCUCCAGGUGUCUCGGCACCCGUGUUAAUCCCGCUGCAUCCUCAGGAUGGGCUCCUAUGGUUGCAGUUGAGGGAUGGAAGUUCAGGAUUUGGGGACCCUUCGGAGCGGCCUGGUGGGAAAACCACAACUUCCAGCUUUUAUUGGCUCUACAUGAGAAUGGGGCGCGGUUUUUUCUGGACGCGAAUAAAUUCUGUGCUUAUUUAUUUA